AUGAUCCAAGCAUGGGGGCUGAAAAAUAACAUUGAAGGUCAAGAUAUGGGGAAUAAUCUUUUCCUUUUCGAUUCUCCAACAAAAAGAGACGUAAAGAUGGUGCUUAAAGGAGAACCAUGGAAUUUUGACAAAAAUAUCUUUGAUUUUGGAAAGAGUUUUAGGGGAGGAACAACCUUUGGGCCUGGAGUCUACGAUCUUCCUUUGAACUUGAGAUCAGAGACUAUGGCGAAGCAGUUAGGCGACAUUGUGGGGAAGUUUGAAGAAAUCGACCCUAAGGACACCAAUAUGAUGAGGAAUUUCAUGAGAAUAAAAGUUAAAGUGGAUCUUCGAAAACUACACAAGAGAGGUAUGAUCCUAAAAUAUCAGGAAAGGCGUUUAAAGCUCUUCUUUAAGUAUGAUAUACUUGCAACAUUUUGUUUUGUGUGUGAAAGGAUCAUACAUCAACUCAAGGAUUGUGAAGAGAUUGAAAAAGGUGCUUUAGAAGGAUACAACGAGAUAAAAGAACAAGACCUAUCCUCUGCUCCUUGGUUGAGAGCCUCCCCUCUACCAAGGAACACUGAAUAG